CACGGUGUUGGUUUAAAGGUCACAAGGACCGGAAGUUACCGCGGUGCGUUCCGGGCGGUUAUCGCGGUGCGGGGAGGCCGGGCUCGGUCCGGGCUCCGACCAGGCGGGGGAAGAGUGGGGGAGCAGGAGCAUCGGCGGCAGGGAUUCAGACAAAAUGUCAGGAAUAGCCCUGAAUCGCCUUUCCCAGGAAAGGAAGGCAUGGCGCAAGGACCAUCCAUUUGGCUUUGUGGCUGUGCCUGUGAAGAAUCCAGAUGGCACAAUGAACCUGAUGAAUUGGGAGUGUGCAAUUCCAGGCAAAAAAGGGACAACUUGGGAAGGAGGCCUGUUUAAGCUGCGGCUGCUUUUCAAGGAUGAUUAUCCCUCAUCACCACCAAAAUGCAAGUUUGAACCACCAAUAUUCCACCCAAAUGUAUAUCCAUCAGGAACUGUUUGCCUUUCAAUUCUAGAAGAGGAAAAGGACUGGAGGCCAGCAAUCACCAUCAAACAGAUAUUAUUAGGGAUUCAAGAACUUUUAAAUGAACCAAAUGUUCAGGACCCAGCUCAAGCAGAAGCAUACACAAUCUACUGCCAAAACAGCAUGGAAUAUGAUAAGAGGAUUCGAGAACAGGCCCAACGGUUUACACCAACAUAAAUGUGCCAGAGUGGAUUGUGCAAUGGAGAGGACACUUUAGGGAAGUGACCAUGUUUUAAAGUGGACUUUUGUUUUUAUAAAGUCCCACAGUGUUCUUUCCACCAGGAACCAUCUGAAGCCUGACAGUUUGUUUUCCCCUUCCUCCACACCUGGUUUUCUAUUUGCUUCUUGUCAUUGGCACCUGCUGCAGAAAUGAGCAUUGGUCACUUCAAGCCAGGUACUUGCUGACUCUGCUUGAUCCAAACCAGUUUUGGGGUCUCCCCAUCAAUUUGUAUUUUUAAUGGUUGAAUUAUAAAGAAAUAAACACUUAUUUUAAUAAGGAGUAAACUGAUAUUCCAAGUGCUGUAAAAUGCUGAAACUUUUAUAUUUCCAAAAUGCACGAGUCUGGAUGGUAAUACCAUUGGUGUCCAUCUGCAUUUAAAGAAAAAAUAUUGUGCAUGGCUCUGUUGAUACAGAUAUAGAGUCUUUAUUUGGGAGUCCUGUGACUCCACUAGGAAAUGGGCUGGGCUCUCCUUCAUAGGCUGUGGAAUAUUAUCAUUGUUUGCACAGUCUUCUGUCCCUAUGUGUCUAUAAAGGGUAAUAAAGGAUUUGUACAAAAA